AGGCCCCGGAAGAGGCGUGGCGAGCUCCCUCCCCUCUCCGCCAGGCCUACGGGUGCCGCGAUGGCCAUCUUCAGCGUCUUCGUGGUGAACAAGGCCGGCGGGCUCGUCUACCAGCUGGACCACUACGCGCCGCGGGCCGAGGCGGAGAAGACCUUCAGCUUCCCGUUGGACCUGGUGCUGCGCGCGCACGACGAGCGCGUGCUCGUGGCCUUCGGGCAGCGCGACGGCAUCCGCGUGGGCCACGCCGUGCUGGCCAUCAACGGCGCCGACGUGAACGGGCGCCUGACCGCCGACGGCAAGGACGUGCAGGAGUUCUUGGGCAACGCGGCCAACUACCCGGUGGCCAUCCGCUUCGGCCGCCCGCGGCUCUCCUCCAACGAGAAGCUGAUGCUGGCCUCCAUGUUCCACUCGCUCUUCGCCAUCGGGUCGCAGCUCUCCCCCGAGCAGGGCAGCUCCGGCAUCGAGGUGCUGGAGACGGACACCUUCAAGCUGCACUGCUUCCAGACGCUGACAGGUAGCCGGGGACGGGCCGAGGGCUGCGGCGUGGUGGCGGCGGUGGGGGUCGGCCCUCCAUCCCGGCCUCCGCCUCGCUCUUCCUCCCUCCCGUCCGCAGGGAUCAAGUUCGUGGUGUUGGCCGACCCGCGGCAGGCCGGCAUCGAGGCCCUCCUGCGCAAGAUCUACGAGAUCUACUCGGACUUCGCUCUGAAAAACCCCUUCUAUUCUCUGGAGAUGCCAAUCAGAUGUGAGCUCUUUGAUCAAAACUUGAAACUUGCACUGGAGGUAGCAGAGAAGGCAGGCCCCUUUGUCCCAGGAUUAUAGGAUGAAGUUCCUCCACUUCAGUUGCCCAAUGGACUGUUUGGAUCUUGGGACCAGAAAGGCUUCCCAGCAAUUCCAGAGUCGAAUUGCUCUAUUCCGUCCUUAUUUGGACAACCUCUGCUGCUGGAAGUUAGAAGGAAACCUUGUUGGCUACAUGUGUUUAAUUUAUGCUUGGCACUUUGUUUAUUGCAUGCGGAAAUAAAAUAUUCUUUAAAGAAAGAAGAU